AUGGGCGAGAUCGUCGGUGUUAUGAAUCCGGAAAAGGUUGAUUGGCGUGGGAUUUUCUGCUCAAAUCGAUGGUCCAAUUACAUCUUCUGGUUCCUCGUCCUUCUCUUCACAGCGCUCACUCUUCGCGACUUAAAUGAGGCCGUAAACGACUAUCUUGACAAUGAGACACAAACGAAUAUGAUGAUGGUCUUCAACGAGACCAUGACUUUUCCGAAUAUCACCUUUUGCAUGGGGAAGGAGCAAGCGAUGCUGCCAAUUCAAGAGAUGGUCGAGAAAGAUGGCGGGGAAGAGUGGGAUGUCAAAGUGAAUGUAAGAGCAUAACUGACAUCUUAUUUCGGCUCUUAGGCAUCACUCGCAAGGCUAAAUUCCACAGAAGAUUUUCUGGAAAAAGAAUGGGAUUUUCGGCUGAUAAGAGAGGCCAUUGAAGUGAUUGGAACGUUUUAUACCUACGAACGGGAGCUGAUGCUCGAGAGGAUCCCGUUGAACUUGUUGAUGUUGGGGAAGAGCUCCAAGACUCUGGUGAAGCGACAAAUGGUUCAAGUAGGUGUUUUAUUUUCCCUGAAACUCUAUUUAGGAAUACCAGAACUUGCAAGGAAACUAUAGCACGUGCUUUAGAGAAGCAGCCGUAAAUUUACCGGUCUUUAUAACGACAAAGUGCUCAAAAUGAGGUGACUUAAGAAAAAAUAAUUUUUGGGCAUUUCAUAGCAAAUUCCGCGCAGAAAAAAUAAGGUCACUCCCGAGGAGAGACUAGGCAUAGCUCCCAGGCCGGUCCGAAGCGAAUUUGAGCCGUACCGGGCCUAUCAGAGCUAGACAUGGCUGGGGGGCCGGGCCGGGCCGAAAAUCGUGGCCUGUAAAUAUAAAUACUGCAUUCAUUGCGAGAUAUAACACAUUUUUUUGGGGCUUUGGUAGUUCAGCUCCCCGCGAAAAGUAGUUCAAACCCCCACUGUUUUGCCCAUUUCACACCCACCGUAAUUAAAAAAUUAGAAUUAUACAAAAAAUGCAAAUUAGAGUAAAAUGACCCCAGGCUUUUUAGUUCAAAGCCCCAGUUACCGUCCAAAUUCGUUUUUGUGGUUCAGGCAACGAUGAUCGUAGCCGAGAGAACCCAAUCCCGAGUAGGCGCUUCAGAUUGGAUGAGGGGGUUUAUACUGGGUCCAGGGGGGCUGAACUGGGCUGGCGAGUUGUACUACCUUACCUUAGUCCCCAUUUUUUUGAUAUAACAAUCGACAAUAAAUUUUUGAAGCAAAAAAUUACCAACCAUUGCCUAAAGUACUUCAAAAAACCCAAUCGGUUCUUGGCUCUGCGUUUUAUUUUUAUUGGCAACCCUAAUUUUCGCUUUGAGACUGAGAAUUUUAGUCAUUGGGGGCCGAUUGGGGGCCUGGCGGGGGCCCCCGGUCGGCACGGCCCGGGGGGCCGGAAGAGGUCGGCCCGGCCCCGGGGCCUUUAAAACGCGUUCGGCCCGGCCCACUAGCCAUGUCUAAUCAGAGCUGGUACUGCAGCUGGUUCGGCAGUGGGGGACCUGAUUCAGUGGCAAGAGACGUACCAUUUUGCAUCCAGGAAGCAUCACGAAUGUGGCAAAAUGCCUCCUUUUCCAAGUAUAAAAACUCAGAUUUCAAAAGCGUUCCCGGUCUUUUUUGUAAGGAAAAAGGGCGCGCCCUUCAAAACGAAGUUUUUUCGCUUGGAAAGGGAAGCAUUUUGCCAUGUUUUUGAUACUUCCCGGAUGCAAAAUGGUGCGUUUUUUGCCACUAUAUCAAAGCCACGCAUCAUCUCUCAAUUUCCAUUUUCAGCAAUGGUUCCACGAGCUUGAUGUUCGAAACGUCACCUUCAACCAGUUCGUUCAGAAGGCCGGAUAUGAACUGAUUAAAUUGUAAGUGCCUUAUCUAUUCGGUGACUUUCAAAUUUAGAUCGCUUCAGCGGAUGAAACGGCUGACUCGAGAUACAGAACGAGACCUCACUACCUACCCUUUGAUCAAAUGGAUUUCAGCCAGUUUAUUCUGCUUUCAACCAGCUGCUCAAGCGGAAUUCUUUAAACCAAUUGACUUCCAGGUACAGUAAAGCUUACGCAUAACAAACUCUCGUAAACUGAAUAACUUGUAGGGCGAGUUCUUCAACCUCCAAAUCCGCUCACCGAUUGCGUACGCCAAGCACGACAUUGAUUGUAUUACCGUUGAUUUCGCGGGCCGCUCCUCGGAUUAUGAGCGCUUCGCGGUGGGCAAAGGCCGCUCAAGAGAUGGAGUUUUUGAGGAGAUGUGUUUUGGCACCGAUCUUCAUUUGAACGUCGAGAUUGUUGGGAUCUACAAGCAGUUGGAAAACAACAACGAGGGGAAGAAAUGUACUGUUUACGAAGGGGAUAAUGAGAGCGAGUAUGGAUGUCUGCUGAAAUGUCGACUGAACUUUAUUAGGGUGGGUGCUCAGUUAGAGUAAAAAAAGUAAUUUUUUGCUGUAAAAAUCUUAAAGUUAUCGCUUUCAGCACGUCUGUGGCUGCACUGCAAUGACUCUUCGAGACUUCGUUGAUGACGAAAAGGAGCUGGAAGAGUUCCCUCUUUGCAAUUCAUACGAAAAUUGCACUUUACUGUGAGUUAUAACCCCAAGUCUUUGAUUUUUCUCUAUUUCAGACCGACUCAACUUCCCGUCAACGAAACUGAGGAGGACUGCAAGAAAGAGUGCUAUCGCAGCUGCACCACAGUGCAGUGGUCCAUCUCGAAGGACAUGAGCAGCUCUGCCGCGCAAUUGGUCAACUUCUCCGAUGGAAAGGAGGACACGUUGGAGAAGAGUCAGAAAGACCCCAAUGUUACAUCGAUCAGCUUCCAUUGGAGGACAUUUGAGUACAUUCAGACGGAGCAAGAUUGGGAAUACACUUGGUCAAGCUUCAUGGGGAAUGUCGGCGGGAUUUUGGGGUGUUGGUUGGGAUUGUCGGUGCUGGGGCUGAUUCAGGUGAGAUUAGAAGUAAAAUGUAAACAGAAAUGUAUCGCUUAGCCCACUGGACUGUUUUUGAAAGUCAUGGCACGGUUGUUAGAGCUAGCUAAGGUUCUCAAUGACCAUUGAAGGCAAGAGGCUUAUAAAAUUUGGAGAAGCGGUAAAAAAGACCAGUACUUUUAUCGUAUUUGCUUGUUUUGGCCAUUUUUUCACAGAAACAAAUUGUUCCCAAUAUCAAGAAAAAUUUCAGCUGCAUACAUAUCAGUCUGUCGGAAAAAUAAUGAGCACAAUGACGCUACGCCGAUAACAUAGCUGAAGUGAAAAGCAACUUUAUCAUGCCGCGACACAAUCCAUAUUUUUCGAUCCGACGGAAUGCUCAUUAUUUUCACGACAGACUGAUAUAAUAAAGACGACAGGUUUAUGUCAGGUUUCCGUCUAUCUUCAAGCUAAAAUGAAUUUUUAAAAGGUUUUUGCAAAGGACAAAGCUCUGCAUAAAUCUUGGAAAGUAUUACGAUCUUCUAGUGUCCGUUUCACGUACCAAAAUUCAAAAUCCCAUUUCCAGGGUUCCUUCUUCAUCUACGACAAAUGUGCGGCCGCGCACCAAAAGAAGAGACAAGAGGAGGACGAGAACGAGCAAGCGGCCAGAAUGAAAGCCAUGGACAGGAAAGUCUCGUCCAAUCCGCUUGGGUCAACCUCGUUGUCAUUCAAUCCGUUUGGUGAUUUCGUCGAUGAAACCAUUGCUGGAGUCCGGAAGAAGAGUCGGCAAAUGUCGAUGGGUAGUUCCAAUGAUGUGGAGAUGAAUCCCAAUCCAUCUGCCGGGUAA